CACUGUAAUAUCUAGUUGGUGUUAAGCCCUAAUAGGUUAACAACAUCGACAUUAGUAAACUUCAGUUACCGAAAACUUGCAGCCUUCUUAGGAAAAAAAAAAUCAAGUUUCCAAAAUGAAAUAUUACCGUUACGUCUUACCCAUUUUUCUUUCUGGAUAUACAGCCAGAAGUUGCAAGACGAAUUCAAAUGUGAUAAACUGCACUUUACAAACAUUUGGACAGAAACACUUCGAAGAAAGGACCGCCCUUAAGCUGACACACAAUACAACUACAAUAGCUUUGUUAAAUAGUGAAAUGGAUACAUUUAUAGAUUUGACUUCAGGGUUUGCGGAAGGUAUACUCUUCAAGAAAGAACAUCAUCUAACCACUGGAAUCUACCUGAAACUCAACGCUUCAGACAGUGUUAAUGAUUUCCACUGUAUAAAGAUGAAUUUCAAAGAUAUCCCCUUUAGUCAUGUGACACGAAAGCCUGGUCUGGAUGUAAAAGUUGCAGAGUGCAAAGGGACAUCAUCACGGACCCCAGAAACUCCUCUAGCAAAUGUGCUUGUAAGCAGCAUAAUUCCAAGCGCAGCAUUAAUACUCAUUAUAACAACUUUAAUUAGUUGUUAUUGUUGGAGAAGGAGCCGAAACGUUUCACGUUCUCGGGAUACAGAGUCAACUGUGUAUGCUACAGUAACGCACGGAGUGAGACAUGAAGCGCCAAGUGGACAAAUUGAAACCAACGUUGAUGCGAUGAUGAAUUUGAGUCCUCCCCCGCUCCCCCUUCACCCACCUCCUCCCAGACAGCACAUGGCUCAUGGAGCAGAGCAACAGAUCUCAAAACGAGUGGAGCAUUGGCAUAACUUCUUGACAAAGUAAUGCAAGCAAAGUUCAAAAUGCAGACGAUCAUUCAAAAGUACAUUUCACUGCUCUUAAGACUCAAUCUUCACUAUUGAUUAUAAAUUUUUUUUUAGAGGUGGGGUCGGGUAAAAGGUGGGAGUCAUGAAGUGUUUGAUAAAAGAACAUUUAUUCAUAACUUUUUGAUAUUUCAAUAAAUGUCUGAUGAGGGUUAUAUGGACCUCAAGAUAGACCUCACAAAACGAAAACAAAAAACAAAAAAAGAUUUCUUUUUCUAAAUUUCUAAAGUUUUUAGCAUUUUUUUUUUACUCUACAAUUUCUCAAUUACUAUUUAUCUGAUUACAAUAAAUAUGGUACCGUUAGAAGAUUAUGUGCCAACUUUAGACAUAUAUACAGUGCUUUUUGUAAAAUAAAUAGGUGCCGGUACUCAGUGAUGGAUUGCCUCUAAGCAACCAUGAAUCAACGUAUCUUGUAGGGUCAAAACGUACGAGUGGUGGUCCAACUAAUCUGAAAAAUAACAGUGAAGAUACAGUUGUUGUCAUCAAUGAACUUCUUGUCGGGGUGAUGAUAACAUUCAUUUGCGAAAAUCUUCGUUCGGCUUCAAUUGAAAAAUUGGGAUUGUACUGAGAGCGAUUUGCAAAGGAAGUAGUUUAUCUGGAAAGUGUUUUUCGAUGAGAUAUUCAUGAAAUCCGCGAAACAUGAUUCUUUUGUUCAAAUGUCAUCUUGUGGACAAGUUUCUACUUUCUGUUUCUCCCAAUGUCAAGUGAGUCCCAAUGUUGUCCGGCCAUUGCUUUGUCUCGAGCACUCGAGCCCAAUGUCAAGUGAGUCCCAAUGUUGUCCGGCCAUUGCUUUGUCUCGAGUACUCGAGCCCAAUUUCAAGUGAGUCCCAAUGUUGUCCGGCCAUUGCUUUGUCUCGAGUACUCGAGCCCAAUGUCAAGUGAGUCCCAAUGUUGUCCGGCCAUUGCUUUGUCUCGAAUACUCGAGCCCAAUGUCAAGUGAGUACCAAUGUUGUCCGGCCAUUGCUUUGUCUCGAGUACUCAAGCCCAAUGUCAAGUGAGUACCAAUGUUGUCCGGCCAUUGCUUUGUCUCGAGUACUCGAGCCCAUUAUUCCAACUCAGCAUCUUCACUAGAAAGCAUAUUUUGUUCAAUUGAUUCUUGUAGGAAAUGGAUAGAGAUAGUCCACGUUUUCGUUACAACGUAUUCAGAUCUACAUAUCAUACUUUUGAAGUAAAUUCACUAAUUAAAUACUGAAUUGUAAUAGAGUUAUAGUUUUUGAGGUAUCAAUAAAAAUAACGAGAGAGUUUUUAAAAGUUUUGCAAUGCUAGUCGAUAAAAGUUAAGUUCUUCUUUCAGACCUUGUGAUGUAUAGGGCAGAUGAUGUUAAGGUCGUCUGUUUCUUUGGUCAACGGUUAACGAGCAGGGUGUCAUGUCGGCAGCACAAUGACCAACCGCCUUUACUUUCCCCAACUUAAGUCAAGUACCCCUUACAGUUGAGUGGACCUAAGGACGCUCUAAAAAUCCCGAGAUUCACAAUCCCAGCCUGCACCAAGAUUUGAACCCACGACCCCAGUCGAAUAAGUCCUUUGAUAUUUGUUAUCUUGCUAAUCUUAUGACGUCUAUUAAUAUUUUUUUUAAAAAGGAAUUUAAUGAGGAAUUUUUAUUUUUUCAAACCUUUAUACGGUCACACAACGGAAGAUAGGCCUCUGUUGAAUGUGAUAAUGUUACGACUACAUUUAUGCAAGAGAAUACAAUUCAUUGAAAGAGAUGUGUUUGAUUCAGCACAGAUGGAGCAGAAUGUAUUGUCGGAAAUAGUUGGAACUAAUAAAGAAGAAUUCAAAACAUUGUUACAUACAGAGAGAGGAUUUGGCAAUACGUAAGAUCCCAGCACAUGUACAGAUAGUUCGGAUUUAAAGCGUGAAAAUCGUUUAACUACAUUAACAACCGUCCUUUGAAAACACGAAUUUUUUUCGCAAGCAUGUGAAGAAAUGGGAUGUAACCAUACUUAUCUUUUUUAGCGGCCCCCGAAAGGGGAAAAGACGCUAUUAGUUUUGUGCGAAAUGUCUGUCCGUCUGUCCGUCUGUCCGUCCGUCCCGUUUAGAUCUCGUAAACUAGAAGAGAUAUUGAAAAUCCGACUUCACAAUAUUUUAGACCAUUCAAAGUUCUGAUGCAACGGCUACUUUUUUUUUCCUGAAAGCGAAAAUUCUAAUUUUUAAAAUUAAUUAUGCAAGCAGAUUUUUAUAAGAAAAAGCUAAUUAGUAUGCAUUAUAUGUUAGACCUAAUUUAAGACGAAUAGUAAUCUUAUAAACAUCAUUUUCGUGAACAUUUUUUCUAUUUAGCGAAAAUUUUUUUUUUUUGAGGAUUCGAAUAUGAGAUUGAGCCUUUUCAAAACAAUUAACUUAUUUAGUUCGAACCGAGGGUCCCGGGUUCCAAUCCUGGUGAAGACUGGGAUUUUCAACUUCUGAGUCUACCCAGUUCUAAUGGGUACCUGACAUUCGUUGGGGAAAAGCAAAGGCGGUUGGUCGUUGUGCUGGCUACAUGUCACCCUCGUUAACCGUAGGCCACAAAAACAGAUGAACUUUACAUCAUCUGCCCUAUAGACCACAAACUAGUUAGGCCAGGUUCACAUCUAACUUUACAUUCACUUUCACGUAUCCUUUGAUCUGCGGGACGGUUGGGGCACUACACAAGAUCUGUUAACCUUCUUUCUCCAUUCUUAUCUCUCAUUUGUCUUUGAUAUAAUUUCAUUCGGAUUUUCUUUCUGAAAAUAUUGAAGCCUACCUGGGUGGACCAUUGGUCGUGCGGUUUGCGCGCUGGACUGUCGUUUGGAUUUAUCGACGAUCGAAGGUUCAAACCCUGCCUGCUCCCAUCCCCCGUCGUCCUGCGGGAGGUUUGGACUAGGAAGUAAACUAUCUUCAACUCUGAAGGAUUAUCCGAAUUAUGUAAAACAUUUUACUUCGGGGGCCGAUUUUGAGUUUGUGUUUCCACACAAACUGUCUUUUGUAACCUUGUUUUUUCUUCAUACCGAUGUUCGUUGGUUCUCUCGGGGGAAAUUUCUUAAUGGAUUAUUUGAACUUAGAGACAAAGUCAUAAGCUUCAUUUUUGUGCGGCCCCCGCAAGGGAAAAAGACGCUAUUAGUUUUGUGUGGCCUGUCUGUCCGUCUGUCCGUCCGUCCCGUUUAGAUCUCAGAAACUAGAAGAGAAAAUGAAAAUCGGACAUCAUGAUAUUUUAGAUCAUUCAUAGUUCUGACGCAACGGCUACUUUUUUCUUUUCUGAAAGCGAAAAAAUUAUUUUUUUAAUCAAUUAUGCAAGCAGUUUUUUCAUAAAAAUACACCAUUUUUACAACUAUUCACUAUUAAUAGUAACGAACACUGAAGGCAUUUUAGUAAGGGAGGCGGCCGUUUACCAUUUUUUAAACACAUUUAUGCAAAUGGUUUUAGA